AUGCCUGCACCAAGUGAGGACGUGCUGCUUGAGCGGAAGAAGCUCAAAGUGGGCGUUGAAACCGUGAGCAACCAACAAUCGACUGACUUUCCAGGUCACUGGCCAGGCGAGAACCAUGAAUGGGACUUGGAGUACUUCAAGAAUAGCAUGCGCAUCGAAUUUCACACCGAGCACGCCUCUAAGCUCGACCUCACCUUCUCCCUGAUCGGCGUUGACACAUCCCUGGCCAAUGCCCUCCGCCGCAUCCUCAUCUCCGAAGUCCCCACCCUCGCCAUCGAAGACGUCUUCAUCUACCAAAACACCUCCAUCAUCCAAGACGAAGUCCUCGCCCACCGCCUGGGCUUGGUCCCCCUCCGCGGCAACCGCGACGCCAUCCGCUGGUUAAAGUGGUACCAGAAGGAUGAGGACGUGCCCGACCACGAGCCCAAGAGCGACGAGAACUGUGUGAGGUUGUCGUUGAACAUGGAGUGUAGGUGGAAGGAGGGCGGGCUGGAGAGAGCGAAGCAGGGCGUCACGGAUCCGGACGAGCUAUAUGAGAACCACAAUGUGUAUGCGCGGGACUUUUCGUUUGAGCCAUGGGAGCGGCAGACGGAGAAAUUUGGGGAGGACGGAGUACGCUCGUCGCAUCCGGAUAUCCUGGUCGCGAAGAUGCGCCCGGGACAGCAUAUCGAGCUCCUCAUGCACGCGUACAAGGGCAUCGGACAAGAUCACGCCAAGUUCUCGCCCGUCGCGACGGCCACAUAUCGGUUGUUACCUACCAUCGACAUUCUCCGUCCUAUCGUCGGCGCUGACGCGAAGAAAUUCGCGCGCUGCUUUCCCAAAGGCGUCAUCAAGCUCGACAAAGUCACUCCUGGAGACGAGUCGGCCCAUCCCGAAGAAUGCGCCGGCAAAGAAGGCGAGGCCAAAGCCGUCGUCGACAACCCGAGCAUGGACACAGUGAGCAGAGAGUGUCUACGCCACCCUGAAUUCGCGAACAAAGUUAAGCUGGGCCGGAUGCGGGACCACUUCAUCUUCAGGGUUGAGAGCACGGGGCAGUGGGAUAGCGACGAGUUGUUCCUCGAGAGCAUCCGGCUGUUGAAGGUCAAGGCGGCGCGCAUAAAGAGAGGAUUGUUAAAAUCAGCGAUGAACCUGGCAUAA